GACAAGCAUAUAAGUAACAGCUUAAGCCUAAAUUCUCAUUCAGAAUCUUCAAGCUGAGAAACUCGUAGCCUCUAAAACCCUAAUCCUCUCUGAAACCCUAGCAAUCGCAGCUGAAAAUGACCGGAGAAGCCGUUAACCCUAAAGCGUAUCCGCUUGCAGAUUCUCAGUUAUCGAUAACGAUUCUUGACCUCGUUCAACAAGCAACUAACUACAAGCAGCUCAAGAAGGGUGCUAAUGAAGCUACAAAGACUCUUAAUCGUGGAAUCUCCGAGUUUGUGGUUAUGGCUGCAGAUGCUGAGCCUCUAGAGAUUCUUCUUCAUCUUCCCUUACUUGCUGAGGAUAAGAAUGUUCCUUAUGUCUUUGUGCCUUCAAAGCAAGCUUUGGGAAGAGCCUGUGGUGUGACUAGACCUGUUAUCGCUUGUUCAGUCACAUCUAAUGAAGCUAGUCAAUUGAAAUCACAGAUCCAGCAUCUCAAGGAUGCUAUUGAGAAGCUUCUGAUCUAAGGCAUUCUCUGAUUGAUUGCUCGGUAUGAUGGGUCUCCGUGAAUGGGAAGGCUUUGACUGAAGUUUUGUUUAGGCAACUACCAAAUCAAAAACCGUCCAUGAUUCUACUAUCUUCACUUCAAGUUUGUAACGUAAUUCACUUUUCUGCAUUUUCAGUUUCUUAAGAGUGUGCUGGUUUUUGGUUUUGGUUUGUAGCGAAUCAUUCUCGUAUUUAUGAGAACUUGUUUUGACUUCUAUUUUUUCCUGAAAA